GACCGAGGGAAGGGCAGGACGGUGGCCGAGGAGGUCCCUGCGAAGGGCAUGGAGCAUCUGGAGCGCUGCGCGUGGUUCCUCAGGGGGACGCUGGUGCGGGCGGCCGUGCGGCGCUACCUGCCCUGGGCGCUGGCGGCCUCCAUGCUGGCGGGCUCCCUCCUCAAGGAGCUCUCCCCGCUGCCCGAGAGCUACCUCAGCAACAAGCGCAAUGUCCUCAACGUGUAUUUUGUCAAAAUGGCCUGGGCCUGGACCUUCUCCCUCCUCCUGCCUUUCAUUGCCCUCACCAACUACCACCUGACAGGCAAGGCUGGCCUGGUCCUGCGGCGGCUGAGCACCCUGCUCGUGGGCACGGCCAUCUGGUAUGUGUGCACAGCCCUCUUCUCCAACAUUGAGCACUACACGGGCAGCUGCUUCCAGUCGCCGGCCCUGGAGGGGCUCAGGAGCGAGCACCAGAGUAAGCAGCAGUGCCACGGGGAAGGGGGCUUUUGGCACGGCUUUGACAUCUCCGGCCACUCCUUCCUGCUGACCUUCUGUGCCCUCAUGAUUGUGGAGGAGAUGGCCGUGCUGCAUGAAGUGAGGACGGACCGAAGCCACUGCCUCCACACCGCCAUCACCAGCCUGGCGGUCGCCCUGGGCUUCCUGACUUUCAUUUGGGUGUGGAUGUUUCUGUGCACAGCCGUUUAUUUCCACAACUUGUCCCAGAAAGUGUUUGGCACCUUGUUUGGUUUGCUGGGCUGGUAUGGGACAUAUGGGUUUUGGUAUCUGAAAUCCUUUUCCCCAGGACUUCCUCCCCAGAGCUCUAGUUUGAAUCUGAAGCAAGAUAGUUACAAGGAAUAAAAGAGAAACAAAAGGAGCGACAGCAGGACAAUGACUAAUCUAUUUUUCAUUUAUUUUUCUUAAUUAUUUGACUAAAUUAUCAAUCCUACUUCAGAGAGGAGACUUACCGGGCAGCUUUGGUGAGUGGUGUUGGAGUCUGGGGAGGGAGUUCAGUCCCCAGACGUCCCAGCAGCGUCACCCUGUGUCACAAGCACCACCAUUUCCAGUCAGGCACUGAGCAUCCCUGACAAGACUUGACCUUAAUCUGGACCGUCCCUUUUGUCCCUAGAGGGCAGAGCCAAGGCUCAGCGAGAGGACAGAAUCAGGAAGGCCUCAAUUGUGUGGCCAAAGGGGAGGCCAGGGCCUCAGGACUCCUGCUGCCAUCGUUCUCCCUGAUUCCUAGUUGUCUUCUAUUUUAACGGCCGUUCAUGCUGUUAUUGAACAAUAUUUCUCUCUGGUCAAUUUUGUGUAAGCACUUAUUUCCAGCAGGGUUCUUUAUAAAACAACCAACCACCUGAAAGAUACUCGCUGGUGGUAGUAUUUGUUUCAUCCAUGAAAUGUUAAAUAUUGUGACCGGCUUGUGAUUAGGUCCCAAAACAGUUAAACUGGAGUGCCUCUGUGACUAAGUAUUGGAUGACUUUUAUGUAAGGAACAUAAUUGAUAAUUUUCUGUCCGUGUUGUCUAUUAUAUGUUGGUUUUUGGAGCGAUAAGGUUACCUUUUUUUCUUCUAUUCUGAGUGAAUGCUUUAUAGUUUUUAAUAACAACUAUGGCAUUUGUUCUUUGUCGACAAAACUGAAAAUAACUCACAACUCCAGUGCUGCACUUUGGCAUGUGUGUAGAAUGCUU